UAACGUGUAGUUCACAGAAUAAGUGUCAUGUUCAAAGAACAUUUAUUACUUUUUUGCAACAUACAUUAUUCCGAGAACGUUUAUCUAAUGAGUUUUGCUUCCAAAUCUUGACCAUUAAUUCUUAGCAAAACAAUGACCCACCCACACAUUUCCUACCACGUAUGCAGUUUGCAUUUUUAGUUUGUCCAGUGGUCACGCACGUGCAUUUAAUUAUUACAAUUUCAAAAUGUCCCAUAUUAAUUCGAAGUUGAUUUCUUGGGUUUUGGCCAUUUUCGUCGUCCUGUUGUGCAUUGAUGCGGCAUUAUCGAGUCCCUUCAUCUUCCCAAUUCUUAUUGGUGGUGGUGGGUUCGGAGGAGGUAGGCGAUUUUGGCGUCGAGGAUACGGAGGAUAUGGAGGAUACGGAGGAUACGGAGGAUACGGAGGAUAUGGAGGUAACAAAUAUAUUUUUUCCACAUUUGCGUUAUUAUUUUUGAUAAUAAAUUAAUACCUAACUUUUUAUUAAACAGGAUACGGAGGUAAUGAUUAUUAAUUUCGCAUAUUUCAAUUUUUUAUGCACAAAUAAACCAAGACUUAAAUUUUUGCAAUUUUAUCAGGAUACGGAGGUAAUACAUUUUUUUUAAUUUUGUGAGAUUUUGCUGAUUAAUUUUGAAAAUUAAUAUCACAAUCUUUGAAAUCUCAACAGGAUAUGGAGGAUAUGGAGGUACUACAAAUCUUUAAAUUUGAUCUAAGCCAGUUUAUAAAUUUUGAAAAUUAAUACUGUUUAAUUUUUGGAAUUUCAAUAGGAUAUGGAGGAUAUGGCAGGUACGGACGCUAAUGCUGCAUACAGAUGUUUGGAAACUACCUUUAUUUGCUAUUAAUGUCACUCGGUUCAAAAUAAUAUUAAAGUUUAUGUACAAAUAAAACUUAUUCUACUUUCACA